AUGUCUCUACUACGAACAGCCGUAACCGGCGCCUCUCGCGCUGCGCUCCGCACCACCUCGGCAGCUCCGCUUCGACAAUUCUCCACCUCACCAAUCAAGGCAGCAGCUCAGCAAUCCAAGGAUCCUCAACUCGGAGACUACCCGGACCUUGCUUUUAUUAGCCUGCAGCAACGCAAACACUCGCCCAAGUGGUGGGAUCCACAAGAGAAGCGUAACUUUGGCGAAACGCCUCACGAGCAAGACGAUGUGCUUUCAGUAUGGGCUCCUGAUGUGCACUCUAUUCCUGCUUCGUCUGCGUUGAAGCAGUUUAUGGUUGCUGUUGGUGUUGUUGUGAUUUUUAGCUCGACCGUUUAUGCGGCUACUCCGGAGAAGCCGGCUCUUCCAAGGACCUACCCUCGAGAUGGCUUGGCUGCUGAAUUGGGAGGCAAACAGGUAGCUGCUCCUAAAGAAGGCGCUUUCAGUGGAGAGGCAGAAGAUGACAAUGACGACGAGUAA